AUGUCUAGUCCAAAAAGGAACACAAUACUUCCUUCUAUGCUCCGAAACAGUUUUCUGCACGCCUGUACAGGCAAACGUGACGUGCUUCGUAUGAAGAAUCAGAAUCGUUCUAAGCAGCUGGUUGAUGCUUCCCGUGGUCAAAAGGCUGAUGCUGAUGCUGAUCCUUUGUCCGAGGUAGCCGGACAAAGGAUCAGCAUGGCCAUCCAACGAGGUAAUGCUGCCAGCCACUUGGAGCGUUCAUUGGCAACCAAUGUGUGUGAUAUGGAGACAGGCAUAUUCCUGGACGAGGGGAACAUGGGCCAAAGUGAGGACUUCAACUGGCUCGGAAUACUGAAAGUUUAUUUAGAUGACGGUGAUGGAGUGCAAGUGGCAGUCACAGGUAUCGUGCUGGUUAAACCUAAGUAUGCCGUCGCCAGCGCCGACGAUGUCGUCAGGAUACCUCGCAGUGUCUUCCAAACUGAGACGCAGGCUAUGUUCAUCGCGUCAGGCGAUACAAUUGUACACUUCACGCCUCUGCAGUACAUAACACAUCCAGAAUAUGAGCUUGCUACGUACAACACCAUCGCCCUUGUGGAGCUUGAUGUUGGAGAAAAGAAUCCAUUAAUUCCAAUAUGCUUCCCGGCCAGCGCGUAUGAUUCAAGUUACUUGUAUUUCGUCGGGUACACCGAUGAAAACAAAAUUGUGGAAAAAGUUAUUUACCGAAUAGAAUACGUAGGAAAACCAGAUUGUGAAGACUUUUAUGCAAGAGAAGGUCUGCGAGACGUGUCCCGGGAGCCAACGUCCUACGUAUGCGGUGCAUGGCGUAACGCGAGCGAAAACUGCGUGUGGGACACAGGCAUGGCUCUUGUAUCCAACAACUCUGGCUGGUUCACUCUGAUUGGUCUAAGUAUCCAUGGGCCGGGCUGCGCUGCCCCAGCUCGCUUCAUCAACAUACCGAACUAUAUCACCUGGAUCAAUCAAGUCACUAAAGAAAAAAACGAAGAAGAUGAAAUGGAGGACAGCCACUACGAUCUAAGAAGUGAAUGGGAUAUGGACAAUAUUCCUAUGCACAAGACAUUUACUGGAAGAAAAGCCCUCCCAAAGACAUGGCCGAUUGGUGGCGUAACAAAACACGACUACAUAAUGUAUCCCUUCGAUACGUCGGGGGCGAAACAAAUAUCUCACUUCAACAUUGAACCCCACUGGGAUGAGGAAGGGGUCAUAGCUAUCUUCCCUUUCAACCAGACAAAAGAGAUGUUUUUGCACGCAUGCAAGAAAGCAAGAGUGCUAAUGUACCGAGAGUACUUGGAAUUAAAUGCGCAGCAUGUAUAUGGAUCAGCGACUUAUAAGAUUUCAAUGUACGACUUGCUAUUAAUAGCAUGCUCCUGUGUUACCAUUGAGGUAGAAUGCGUCGACCGCUCAGAAGCAUUACUUUCAUUUAAAGAAACAUUUGCGUUCUCUGGAGAUGGAACAGGAGUCACGACACCUCCAGAUCUAUUGAGAUACUACCGUCUUAACGAAAGAGCUGAGAAACCAUCUAACCGAACAACUCCAGAUCUAAAGCCUUCAAUAAUAUCACUACAUCACACAAAAGGAAGCGUGUUAAACUACGAUUUGUACAUAAAAUUUACUUUUCGUAACACUGCCAAAUUAAAAGUUAAAAUGUUUGGGGAGCCGAGACAGCAUACUAGCCCAACAAUGCCAUUACAUAGGCUGCCGGAAGCUGCUCGGAAGCAAUUUGAAAAGACUAGGAAAAGCAGACGUCGUAAGCCUCAGGGACCAUACUGGGGAUUAUCGCAAAAUGUCGUGGACAAGUCUAUAAAAGGAGUUACUUUGGAAGCUGAACAUACGAUGGCCGCUGAGAUAGAAGACGCUGAAGUGGUACAACUGACUGUUAGUAAAGGAAACCAUGUGAAGCCUACUUAUAUACCUAUGUUCCUCUUUGUAAUGUUAACUUCUAUACUUCUAUUAUCUAGUGGUAAAUGUAUGAUUCCUAAACGUAGUCUCAGAUAG